AUGAGAUUCCGUCAUAUAACACCAGUGAUAUUGGGAUCUAUACUCAUAUUCUCUGGAGUAUCACAAGGUCUAGUCAUUAUUGAUAGUAUUCUUGCCACACAAUGUAUCUAUUAUCUAAAAGAUUUCGAUUGGGGGUGUGGUACCAAAGGUCAAAGUCAUGCUGCCUAUAUGUGUCGUUGUCCUAAUAUUGAUUGGGUUGGUUCAGUGACAAAUUGUAUUGAAAGUCAAAGUGAUGAUAGAGGUUAUAAAGAUCAUGCUUUAGCUCAUGUAAGGACCCGUUGUUCACAAAAGGCUAUGAUUGAUUAUCCUGUUGAUGUCUUGAAAGCAUAUCAACAAAAUGCUACGAAAUAUAUUCAAGAACCAACUGAAUAUGAUUUUGAUCAUACUUUACAUCAUCCAAUUUCUGUUAACUCAACUUCAUUUGAAUUCUAUAGAAGAUCUUUUAAUCAUAUUUAUGCUCAAGUUAUAAGAUCACAAGCUUAUCAAUGGGGGUAUAUAUUUUUUUGGACAUUUGUUAUCAUGUUGGGUACAAUAUUAAAUUUUUCUAAACAUUUCUUGAUUUCAUAUGCAAAUGGUUCAAAAUCAAAAUUUACCAACAAUUUCAUAAAUAAAUUAAGAUAUAAACUCACGGUUCCAAAUUUAAUUCAUAAAUCACAAAUUAGAAUUCUAGGAUGGCCAAUUCAAAUCCCAACAACUUUACAAUCAUUUGUCAUUUCAAUGUUUAUAAUUUAUAUGAUUUUAGCUACAACAACAGGUUAUUCAAUUGAUUUACCAAAUGAAUAUCAAAAGACAAGAUUAAAUCAAAUCCAAGAUCUUAUAGGUUAUAGAACUGCAUUUGGUGCAUUUGCAUUAAUGCCACCAACUUUUUUAUUUGGUAUUAGAAAUAAUCCAUUCAUAAAAUUAACUGGAUCUUCUAUUUCAACUUUUUUAACAUAUCAUAAAUGGUGUGCAAGAGGUCUUGUUUUACAAGGUUUUAUUCAUUCAGUUGUUUGGACAGAUUAUGCUAUAAGAGAAGGUGGUUAUGCAAUGUGGGCAAUGGAUGAUUAUUGGAUUUGGGGGAUUGUUGGUACUAUAGUUACCGUGUUAAUGUUAUUUCAAAGUUCCAAUUUAUUUAGAGAAUUAUCAUAUGAAUUUUUCCUAUUAGUUCAUAAAACUUUUGGUAUUUUAUUAAUUAUUUCAAUGUGGUAUCAUUGUAAUACACUUGGUUGGAUGGCAUGGUUAUAUACAUGUAUUGUUAUAUGGGGGUAUGAUCGAAUUUUAAGAUUUUUAUCAAUUUUAUGGACAGGUGGUGUUAAAAAAGCUAAGAUUACAAGUUUAAAUGAAAGAUUAGUUCGUAUUGUUAUCCCUAAACCAUUUGGACCAAAUGAUUAUUAUUUCCCAGGAUGUUUUUAUUGUAUUUAUUUCUUAAAUUUUAAAUUAAGAUUUUGGCAAUCCCAUCCAUUUUCAGUUAUGAAAUCUAAAAGAUCAAAUGAAGAAGAUUGUUAUGCAAUAGUUUUCAAAACUCAUAAAGGUAUCACAGGUAAAAUUCAAAAAUUAUUAUUAGAAAAUGCUAAAAAAUCAUUAGUUGUUGAUAUUAUGACUGAAGGACCAUAUGGUCAUCAUAUUCCAUUAAGACAACAUGAUCAAUAUGUUUUCGUUACAGGUGGUGUUGGAUUUUCACCAUGUUAUUCACAAGCUAUUGAUAUAAUUGAAAAAGAUCAAUUUAGAAAUCAAUCUAAAAUUAUAAAAUUCAUUUGGGUUGUGGAAAAUUUAGAAUAUUUUGAAAUUUUCAAACCAGAUAUGGAAUAUUUAAUUCAACAUGGUGUUGAUUUACAAAUCAUUAUAACAAAUACAAAUAAAUUAGGAAAAGAAGAUUCACCAGAUUAUACAUCAAUUGAAUUAGAAGAAAAACCAAGUGAUGAAUUAUAUAAAAUUAUUGAAUUGAAUGCAAGACCUAAGAUCUCAGAUAUUGUUAAUCAAAUAGAUUUAUCAAUAUCAACAAAUUUUAUAACAAGUGGACCAAGAGGAUUUAUUGAUGAUAUGAGAAGUUCAGUUUCUGAAUUAAUUAAAGAUUCAAAAGUUAGAAUUGAUUAUCAUGAAGAAUCAUUUUCAAUGUAA